AUGGACUACCUGAAGAACGUCAACGUUGAGGAACUACCCAAGGUGGACACUAUUCACCAUGUGCUCGCCACCGACUCUGCUUCUACGGCACUCAAGCUCCUGACCAAGUACAACGUGUUGAGCGCGCCUGUACUGGACAAGGAGCGCAACCAGUACAUCGGCUUCGUCGACAUGGUCGACUUGGCCGCCUUCAUUGUAGACAUCUACACCGAAACAGACAUAAUGGGCGAGAACUUCCUCUCGCUCCUCGAGCAGGGCGAGCGCUUCAUCACCACCAAAGUGAAGGACCUCAUCAACCUUUCGUCGCGUAACCCAUUCGUGCCGGUGCGGGAGGGCUCGUCGCUCUACUCGGUGAUCGAGCUGCUGGCCAAGCACAAGGUCCACCGCGUGCCGGUGAUCGACCUGCAGGGACGCGUGAGCAACCUCCUCACGCAGUCGUCGGUGCUGUCCUACCUCGCCGCCCACCUCGACAAGCUGGGAUCCGUCACCGAACAGACUGUGGCCGAAUUGCUGCUGGGCCACAAGGACGUGAUCACCAUCGGAGUCAACGCCCGUGCCAUUGAUGCCUUCAAGAUCAUGACUGACCGCGGCAUCUCUGCCGUGGGCGUCGUCGACGAGGAGGGCAAGCUCGUGGGCAACAUCUCGGUGAGAGAUAUCCGGGUGGUGGCUGGAGAUGCUCGCCUCAUUCAGCGGCUAUACCUUGGCGUCAGGGAGUUCAUCUACAAGAUCAACUCGGAGAGGAUCGACAUCAUCAACCCGGCCAUCGGGUGCUCUGCCAAGGACACGUACGGCCUUGUGGUGCAGAAGCUGGCGGCCUCCCGAGUACACAGGAUCUACGUGGUCGAGAACCACGUGCCCAUUGGCCUCAUUUCCCUCUCCGACGCGCUUCUCCCCCUCGUCAGCCACUGA